CUUGCGAUUCUUAUAUAAAUCAGACCCAUCUCACCAUUCCACUCCAUCAAUUUCCUUCCUCCAAGUCUCCAGCCAACACGCGAUCAACUAGGCAACUAGCAGAGGCAGAGACUACAGGGGGUUCGACGGCAUACAGUCGAUGGAUCGAGCGGCAAGAAUGGCGGCGUCAGGGAGCUCUCAGAGCCGACGGUUUGCCGCAGCGUGCGGCGUUCUCAGCCGCUGCAUCAAGGCGGCCGAGGCGCGGCCGACGGCCACGGUGGUCCUCCCCCUCAUGCCCGGAGCGGAAGUGCCCGCGCAAGACGCGCACGCAGCGGGUCCUGCGCCGGCGAACGCGCAGAUGACCAUCUUCUACGGCGGAAAGGUGCUGGUGCUCGACGAGGUGCCAGCCGACAGGGCGGCCGAGCUGCUCCGUGUCGCUGCUGCCUCAGGCACAGCGCGAGGGAGCUGCGAGGCGGCGGAUGGCGACCUUCCCAUGGCGAGGAAGGCCUCGCUGCAGCGGUUCAUGGAGAAGCGCAAGGGGAGGCUCGCCGCGCGCGCCGUCCCCUACAGCCGGCCCGACGGCGACGCCUUCUCCUGUAGCCGUCUCACGCUUACGCUCUGAUUCGUGUUCAUGCGUAGAGGCUCACCAGGUGUUCAUGCUUAGCUGUUUUAUUGGGGCUCACCAAUAAAACUUUAUACUGCAAAUACAUAUGACGAUUGACAUCAACUACUAUGUACUUGUUACGAUCCCACAUUCCCACUACACACAGAUCACAGGAACUACUCUGAUAAUGUGUCCAGGAACAGAUUUCUCAAUCUCCA